AGGGCUCUGCGGAGAGGGCAAAUUCAUGUCUUUGUUUUUACAACCUCGAGGGCAAGGGCAUCUCCUUACUACUACUUAUCGAAACUGUUGCACACAGGAAUAAGGCUUUUUCGUCCAAGAUUCCGAGUUUCCAUGCUGGUGUUUUUUGUUUCCUUCACAAACUUUUGAAUAGUUCGGGGAUAAAACACACUAAUGGCAUAAUUAAAUGAUGAGCCGUUGGCAUGAUUAAUGAGUUUAAUUGUUCCUGAACAAAAAUUCGAAAACGAAGAGCAGGGACGCAUUCAGAGGUAAGUAAAUGAAAACAAAAUAGCUCCCGGCGAGGAUCGAACUCGCGACCUUUCGCUUACGAAGCGAACGCACUACCACUAUGCUACGAAAGCUGAUUUGUGGUGUUUUGCAAUAUUAUUUGAUAUUGUCUGGUAAUUUGUUUAAGUAGUCUUCAUUGGAAUCCUGAAGUCAAAACCCUUGAAGAAUCUCAGUUGGGACUCGGUGCGUUAAGCACGUUCUUUGUAGUUGCAAAGCUUGGAGAAGCAAACAAGUAAAGCAAGAGAUGUGUGGUAUUGCUCUGAUUGUCUCGGGCGUCCAGAUUGACAUUUCAUCUUUGUCAUCUGAUUCGGCAUGCUCACCUUGUAAAACAGAAGAUUUGGUGUUCUCUGUAGAUAAUCUUAAAGCAGCUCUACGUAGAAGGGGUCCUGAUAGCUUAGGUAUCAAGAAACUAUAUCUUCAAUUCGACGUCUCAUGUCAAAAAAGCAUUUCAUCCUUCAUUGAAGAUGAUGAGGCAUUGGAAUUGGGGGAGGAAAUUGAGAAGUUGCAUGUAAUGCAGUCUGGAAAUAAAUGUGAUCGUGCCUCCUUGGAUAACGGCCUACCUAGCUCCUUAUACAAUGCUGUUGUCCAAGGUUCCUCUGCAGAACUGCAUUUCAUUGGUGCAACCUUGCAACUCAGGGGAAUACAUCCACUUGUUCAGCCUUUGGUGAAUGCGCAUGGAAAUAUCCUUGUUUACAAUGGUGAAAUUUUUGGAGGAAUUCAUAUUGCAAGUGAUUACAAUGACAGUGAAUUUCUCAUGCAAACACUGGGAAAGUGCUGUUCAUGUGAUUCUAAUUUACACUGUUGUCUUAAAAGUGGGAAAAAUUCUAUUCCUGAUCUUCUUUCUAUGAUUAAAGGACCAUGGGCUAUCAUCUACUGGCAGGAUAGUUCAAGAACCCUUUGGUUUGGCCGAGAUGCAUUUGGUAGGCGGAGCCUCCUUGUUCACUGGCCUACAGAAGAUGACCCAACCUUUAUGCUUUCUUCUGUAUCUCCUCUUUCACCUAUUGAGAAGGCUUCUGGCUAUCUCAGUUACUGGGAAGAGCUACCAUGUGGAAUAUACAGUGUACGUGUUGAUGUAUCAAGUUCUAAUCAAGGGCCAAUUGGUGAAGUUAGAAGGCAUGAAUAUACAAACUCAAUGCUGAAGGAACUUAUGAAAUGGGAGAGGACUUCUGUUGAACCCAAACCUGAAGACCUGCAUACAUCUCAAUACAAGUCUUAUAGGAAGCAACAAAAUGUGCAUUCAACUCCGUUGGGGGAAGCUCCAUGUGAAACAGACACAAGUCAAUUCUCAAUUUCAAUGCCAGCUCAUUCUCUGCUAAAGGCUUUAAAGGAAUCUGUGUUUCGGCGCACUUCAUUGUAUACUAUCUAUCAGGCGACAGUCUCUGAUGUUAGACAAGAAGGUUAUGUUCCUGUGGCUAUUCUGUUUUCUGGUGGCCUGGAUUCCAUGAUACUUGCAGCAUUAUUGGAUCAAUGUCUAGAUCCCUGCUAUGAAAUUGAUCUACUUAAUGUGAGCUUUGAUGGUGAGUCUGCUCCUGAUAGAAUAUCUGCCAAGGCCGGUUUAACAGAACUAAAAAGAGUUGCACCUUCCAGAAGGUGGAGGCUUGUGGAGAUUGAUGCUGAAUUGUCUGACUUGGCUUUUGAAACAAGUCAUGUUAUGUCCCUCAUAGAACCUGCAAAUACUUACAUGGACUUGAAUAUAGGAAUUGCUUUAUGGCUGGCUGCUCGUGGUGAUGGAUGGGUGUCUGAUGGAAAUAGUGAUGGCAAUGAUAGCAAUCUUGCACGCAUUAAAUACAAGUCUAAAGCAAGGAUUUUACUUGUUGGUUCUGGUGCUGAUGAGCAGUGUGCUGGCUAUGGUAGACAUAGAACAAGUUAUAGACGAGGAAGUUGGCGGGAGCUUAAUGAGGAAAUGAAACUGGACAUGCAGAGAAUUUGGAAAAGAAAUUUAGGGAGAGAUGAUAGAUGCAUUGCUGAUAAUGGAAAGGAGGCCAGAUUUCCAUUUUUGGACGAGGAUGUUAUCAGGAUUUUGCUCAGCAUUCCUUUGUGGGAGGUCACCGACCUUGAUCAACCAAGUGGAAUUGGUGAUAAAAAGAUUCUGAGAGAGGUUGCACAAUUACUUGGUUUACAUGAAGCAGCGGUGUUGCCCAAACGAGCUAUCCAGUUUGGUUCCAGAAUUGCGAGGGAGUCAAAUCGCAGGAAUUUCGGAAGUAAUCGAGCCGCAAAUCAGGCAUCUGCUGGCAGUGUGACGAUUCAUAGUAAAUCAAAAUUGAGUUGAUUCCUUAUUUCUUCAUCUUUUGACUCACGUACCUUAAUCCAGAGCAUAUUGUAUAAUAUAUGCUUCAAAAAGAUAUAUCUUUGUUUCUCUAACAUUUAAUUCAAAUCAUGAUCAUCGGAAAGCAAAUGAAUGUGCAAAUUAGCUUUAGUUGAUC